CAAACGUGAAGACCCCCCUUCUGUCACAAAUUCAAUCCUCCUCCCCUUUCUUGUUCUGCUUGCCUUCCAUUCUCUCUGUGUCACACCACAAGAGAAAGACAAAGACAAAGAAAUGACUGGUAGUAGUAUCUCCACAAGCUUUUCUUUUGUAAAAUGAACGAUGGACUAAAACUCCUCUUCUUCUCAGAAGAAGAUGGCAAUGCAAGAAUAUGAGUAUGAACAAGAACAACAACAGAGCUCUUCAUUCUUGUUGGAUGCUCUGUACUGUGAAGAGGAGAGAUGGGAAGAUGAAGAAGAAGACGACCAAGAAGAGGUUACUCACGAAAACACCCUAAACAAAAGCAGGAGUCCUUGCUUAUUUUCUAUUCCAUUGUUGAAGCAAGAUCUGUUCUGGGAAGAUGAGGAGCUCCUCUCUCUCUUUUCCAAAGAACAACAACAACAGAAGCAGAAUUAUCUGAAACAGGACAAUUUGAUAACAGAUCCUUCUCUUUUCCUGGCUCGUCAAGAGGCUGUGGAAGGGAUUCUUAAGGUCAAUGCGCGUUAUGGGUACUCAGUUCUCACUGCAGUCUUGGCCAUAGACUAUCUUGAUAGGUUCCUCUGUAACCCUUGUUUUCAGAAGGAUAAGCCAUGGAUGGUGCAGCUUGUGGUCGUGACCUGUCUCUCUUUGGCUGCGAAAGUUGAGGAAACUGAAGUGCCCCUUCUUCUAGACUUCCAAGUGAUGGAAACUAAGUAUGUGUUUGAGCCCAAAACGAUUCAGAGAAUGGAACUCUUGGUGCUCUCUGCACUCAAAUGGAAGAUGCACCCAGUAACCCCACUUUCAUUUGUGGAUCACAUCGUGAGGAGGCUUGGAUUGAUGAACCAUGUCCACUGGGAGUUCCACAGGCGAUGCGAGAGUCUUCUGCUCUCUGUGGUCUCUGAUUCGAGAUUCAUUGGUUUUGUUCCUUCUGUCACUGCCACUGCAACAAUGAUGCACAUUAUUGACCAAGUUGAGCCCUUUAACCCCAUUGAAUACCAAAAUCAGCUUCUGGGUGUACUUGAUAAAACAAACAAGGAGAAGGUGAAGGAGUGUUAUGGUCUGAUUGUUGAGCUGAUGACAGAGACCCACCACACCAAGUCCAAUAAGCGCAAGAAGUUGUUUGAGCCAAUAAGCAGCCCAAGUGGGGUGAUUGAUGGUGCAUUUGGCUCUGAAUGCGAUAGCUCAAAUGACUCAUGGUCUGUAUCUGUGGGUUCAUCAUCAGUACCAGAGCCUCCUCUAAUGAAGAAGAGCAAAACCCAAGAUCAGAAUCAGAAGAUGCCAUUGUUGUUUUCACUCAAUAGGGUCUUUGUGGACAUUGUUGGCAGCCCUGGCUAAUCAUCAAUCAAGUCUUCUCCAAUCUCCAUCUGUGCUAUUCAAGUUGUUUUGUUCCAUAUGUCUCUAUUAAUUAACUAUCAUGUCAACCAGCCUUCCAUCUCCAUAAUCCCAACAAAUUUCCAGGAGGAGAGGGUGGUUGGGAGAUUGGUGGAGAUGGGGUGGCAAUUUUCAAUCUGCAGAAGGGACGAGACCAGUCCUUUCAGAUUAUUAUUAAGAUUAUGAUAUAAAGAAGUUCACGGACUAUUGUAUUUACUGGUCAUUAUAUGUUACUGAUCUGGUAAUUAUGCUGUUAAUGAAAGAUAAUUAAUUAGUUAAUUA